CGGCGUGCCCCGUGCCCGGACCACAACUCCCGGUGCGCUUCCCGCGGCGCUUCGACGGUGGCCGGGGUGGGCCAUGGGGCACGCAGACAUGGCGCGUGUUCCGCACGUCGUGGCCGACACGGGCGCGUUCCUGAGCGCGGCCCCGCUGCAGGACAUCGCAGACGCGCUGUACACCGUGCCCGAGGUGCUGGCCGAGAUCCGCGACCGGCCCGCGCGCCGCCGCCUCGCCGCGCUGCCCUGCGAGCUGCGGGUCCGCCGCCCGCGCCCGGAGCUGCUGCGCAUCGUGACCGAGUUCUCCAAGAAGACCGGGGACUACCCGAGCCUCUCGGCCGCCGACCUGCAGGUUCUCGCCCUCACGUGCCAGCUCCAGGCCGAGAUCGACGGCCCCGGCGGCGUCCGCUGGGAGCCGCAGGACAAGGUGCGGCUCAGCUCCACCCCGCGGCACCCCGAGGCCCCCCUGCACCUCGCCGGCUUCCACCUGCCCGCCAAGCACAAGCCCGCGGGGAAGGGCCCGCGCCAGCCCGGCCCCGGCCCCGGCCCGGCCCCGGCAGAGAGCGACGAGUUCGGCUCCUUCCUGUACUGGCGGCCGCCCCUGCCCAGCAUCGAGGAGGAGCUGCGGGAGCUGCUGGCCACCGCCGGCAGCCCCGAGCCCCCCGAGCAGCACCGGAGCUCUGCAGACGGGGCCAGCACUGGCGAGGAGGAAGAGGAGGAUGAGGAGAGCGAUGACGAAGGCUGGAUAACUCCCAGCAACCUGAAGCAGGUCCAGCAGGACACGGGGCACUGUGACACUGCUCCCAUGGGUGUCCAGGUCGGCUGUGUCACCACAGACUUUGCCAUGCAGAAUGUGCUGCUGCAGAUGGGUCUCCACGUGCUGGCUGUGAACGGGAUGCUGAUCCGCCGGGCCCACAGCUACAUCCUGCGCUGCCAUGGCUGCUUCAGGACCACCUCGGACAUGACCAAGGUGUUCUGCCCCCACUGUGGUAACAAGACUCUCAAGAAGGUGGCAGUGAGUGUCAGCGACGACGGGAGUCUCCACAUGCAUUUCUCCCGCAACCCCAAGGUGCUGAACCCCCGGGGGCUCAGGUACCCGCUGCCGGCGCCGCAGGGCGGCAAGCACGCCAACAACCCGCACCUGGUGGAGGACCAGCGCUUCCCGCAGCAGCGCCUGUCCCGCAAGGCCCGGCAGAAAACCAACGUGUUCGACCCCGACUACCUGGCUGGGGCCUCCCCCUUCGCCGAGAACGACGUGCACAGCCGGGCCGCGCACCUGCAGCUGCGCGACGCCGCCCUGGGCGCCGGCCGCCGCCGCCUCAACCCCAACGCCGUCACCAAGAAGUUCGUCAAGAGGAGGUGAGGGCGGGAUGGGCCCCGCCCGCAGGACCCACCUGCCCAGGUGUGCCGGUGGCUCUGCCAGGGCCAGGCCUCUCCCAGCACCUGGGCAUGGGCCAGGCCAUCCUGUCCCCACUGCAUGGGUGCCCAGAGAGCCACCGUGACUGUGGCAAUGGUGACGGGGUUUGGGGAGGCCCCGGCACGGGGGAGGGUGGGGUGGCUUCCCUGGGCACCCCUGGGCAGGGGCCGUGUCACCCAAUAAACACCAAACCCCAAA